UGCCCGUCCCAAGAUGGCGGCGCCCUUGUGCGGCGGCCGGGUUGGCCUGCGGGUGGCCGUCGCCGGGGUCCCAGAGAUGCUGUCCGCCUGCCGCGGCGUCCACACCACCGCUGUUUGCUGUAAGAACCGAGCGGCCCGGGUCCGAGUGGGGAAGGGGGACAAGCCGGUGACCUACGAGCGAGCCCAUCCCCCGCACUACAUCGCCCAUCGCAAGGGCUGGCUGUCCCUGCAUACGAGUAACCUGCACGGAGAGGAGGGGGCCGCGGAGAGGACGGUGGAGGACGUGUUCCUCCGCAAGUUCCUGUACGGCACCUUCCCGGGCUGCCUGGCCGACGAGGUGGUCAUUAAGCGCCAGGCCAACCAGCUGGUCAUCUGCUUGCUGGUGCUGCAGCGCCUGCCGCCCUCCAAGCUCUACUUCCUGGUGGGCUACAGCGAGGCGCUGCUGUCCACCUUCUACAAGUGCCCGGUGCGCCUGAGCCUGCAGACGCUGCCCACCAAGGCCAUCUACAAGUACAUCUAGGGCCCCACCAGCCCAAUGAGUGUGGACCCUCCGGCCUCAGGACCAACGGACUCGGUUAUUGCUGCUACUGGAGAAAGCCUCUCGUGUACAUCAAGAGGGCGGUGGUCUUCAAAGUAGGGAUCAGCGAUUUCUUAUUAAAUUAACGUGUAUAAUAAAGCUUUUUGUUUCUGGUA